GGGGGCGCGGGGGAGGGGGCUCGCGGUUGCCGUGGUUACGCCAGGCACGUGCACAGUCCCGGAAGCGGCUCGGGGAAGCUGCUGGGCGCGCGCCGCUGGAAGAAGCGCCCCCGGUCCUUGCGGAUCGGGCCCGCCUGGGCCAUGGAGUCGCUGAUCGAGCUUGCACCCCGCUGUCUUCCGCUUCUCCCCUUGCUGCUGCUGCUGCUGCCGCCGGGCCCGGAGCUGGGCCCGAGCCAGGCCCGGGCAGAGGAGACCGACUGGGUCCGGCUCCCCAGCAAAUGCGAAGUGUGCAAAUACGUCGCUGUGGAGCUGAAGUCCGCCUUUGAUGAAACGGGCAAGACGAAGGAGAUGAUUGGGACGGGCUAUGGCAUCCUGGACCGCAAGGCAGAGGGCGUCAGAUACACCAAGUCCCUCCCGAGCCCCCAGGCCCGAUGAGCUCUCCCUUCCAGCUCUGCCUUCCCGUUGUCGGGACUUGCGGUUGAUCGAGGUCACCGAGACCAUCUGCAAGCGGCUCCUGGACUACAGCCUGCACAAGGAGCGGGCCGGCAGCAACCGCUUUGCCAAGGGUAUGUCGGAGACCUUCGAGACGCUGCACGGCCUGGUGCACAAGGGCGUCAAGGUAGUGAUGGACAUCCCCUAUGAGCUGUGGAACGAGACCUCUGCCGAGGUGGCCGACCUCAAGAAGCAGUGUGACGUGCUGGUGGAGGAGUUCGAGGAGGUGAUCGAGGACUGGUACCGGAACCACCAGGAGGAGGACCUCACCGAGUUCCUGUGCACCAACCAUGUGCUGAAGGGCAAGGACACCACCUCUCCCGCCCCCCGCAGGCUGCCUGGCAGAGCGGUGGUCUGGCAAGAAGGGCGACACAGCCGCACUGGGAGGGAAGAAGGCCAAGAAGAAGGGCAGCCGGGCCAAGGCAACCAGCGGCAGCAACAGGCAGAGGAAGAAGCUUGGGGGGCUCCAGGGGGGCCACAGUGCCGAGGACGAGGAGGACGGGGACAUCCAGAAGGCCUCACCGCUCCCGCACAGCCCUCCUGACGAGCUCUGAGCGGCUUAGAGGCUGAAGAGUCUGCCAUGAUGCUCCAACCCGGGAUGGUGCAGCUCAGGACCAGGACGGGCACCCAGCAGCCAUGGUUCCUCUCCUGGCCCAGAGUUUGGGUGGCCACGGGGUCGGGACUUGUAGACCCAGUGUGACUCAGGAGGGACAGGGGCAGGUGCUGGCACCAGGUGCAAGCCCUGCAGAGCCUGAGGAGAGCACCUAGCUUCUACCCCCACCCCACCCCGAGAAGUGAGACUGCACCCCCAGCCCUGUGCCCACCCCUCCUUCGGGCUCCCGGAGUAAAGACCCAUUGGGCUUUUGGUUGUGA